AUGGACGGGGAAGCGCUUCUCAAGGCUGCAGAAGAGGGCAACGUGGCCAACGUCCGAUUCUAUCUCAAGCAGGUGGUCAACAUGACCUGCAUGAACCGUAGUGGUCAGACGCCAUUGCACUUGGCUGCUGGAAAUGGUCGACUGAAGAUUGUCCGCUUUUUGCUCGAGAAGGGCGCCGAUAUUGAAGCUCCGGACAAGAAUGAUAAAACGCCUUUGCACUUUGCUGCUUUCAGGGGCAAGUUGGAGGUCGUCCGCUCUUUGCUCGAGAAGGGCGCCGAUAUUGAAGCUCCGGACAAGGAUGAUAAAACGCCAUUGCACUUUGCUGCUUUCAGGGGCAAGUUGGAGGUCGUCCGCUCUUUGCUCGAGAAGGGCGCCAACGUCGACGCCAGAGACAUUAGAGGCAUGCUGAACAAAACCACGGCGCUGGAUGUGGAACUGCUGCGUAUCAACGCGGAUGUCACCUGCCCCACCUGA